GAGAUUAGAACCUGAUCCUUCUGACUCCCGAGAGUGAUUGAGGUACCAUGGGUGGCAGACAGUGCUGAGAGCACCUAAGGCAUGGCGACUGCUCUGCGGAUCCUUCCUGGCCUUUCCUGUUCUUGCCCACGCUUGCCCUGGGCUAUCCACGCCCCCCGCCUGGCCAGCGGCAUGGCACUCCAGAAGGAGGGCCAGCAGCUGUUUGAAGAGGCGGUGCGCAUGGUGCUACCAGGUCCCAUGCUGCACCGGGCCUUGAUCCUGGAGCCCGAUGGGCUGCGGGUGCGGGACCGCAGCUUCCAGCUCCACCACAACCUCUAUCUGGUUGGCUUUGGCAAAGCCGUGCUGGGUAUGGCGGCCACAGUCGAGAGCCUCCUGGGCGAGCACCUGGUACAGGGUGUGAUCAGCGUGCCCCGGGGCAUCCGUUCGGCCAUGGAAUGCGCCGGCAUACAGGAGAUGCUGCUAAAGCCGCAUAGCCGGAUCCAGGUGUUCGAGGGAGCAGAGAACAACCUGCCAGACCGUGAUGCCCAGCGGGCUGCCCUGGCCAUCCGGGACUUGGCUGAGGGGCUCUCAGCCAAUGACCUGCUUCUUGUGCUUAUCUCAGGGGGGGGCUCAGCUCUGCUGCCUGCCCCCAUCCCACCCAUCACUUUGGAGGAGAAGCAGAUGCUUACCAAACUGCUGGCAGCUCGGGGUGCCACGAUCCAGGAGCUCAAUACCAUCCGCAAGGCCCUGUCCCAGCUCAAGGGUGGGGGGCUGGCCCGGGCCGCCUACCCCGCACAGGUGGUGAGCCUGAUCCUGUCAGAUGUGGUGGGAGAUCCCGUGGACAUCAUUGCCAGCGGCCCAACAGUGGCGAGUUCCCACAGCGUGCAGGACUGCCUGCACAUCCUCACCCGGCAUGGUCUGCGGGCAGCCCUACCUCGGUCUGUUAAGACUGUGCUAUCCAGAGCGGACUCGGACCCCCGAGGCCCCCCAAACUGCGGCCACGCCUUCAACGUGGUCAUCGGCUCCAAUACACUGGCCCUGGCCGAGGCCCAGCGACGGGCCGAGGGGAUGGGGUACCGGGCCCUGGUCCUCAGCUCGGCCAUGCAAGGGGAGGUGGGCCGCCUGGCUCGCUUCUACGGGCUACUGACCCAGGCAGCCUCGGCCCGACUUUCUCUCCUAGGGGAGGGUGGAUCAGCCCGGGGAGAGGUGGAGGAGCUGCUGAGGGGCCUGGAGGAGGAGCUGAAGCUGGACCUGCAGCUGGAGGAAGUCCUGAAGGCUGUGGGCGAGGCUAGUGGCCGCGUCUGCCUGUUGGCUGGCGGGGAGCCCACAGUUCGACUACAGGGCUCUGGCAAGGGGGGCCGCAACCAGGAGCUGGCCCUGCGGGUGGGCAUGGAGCUGAGUGGGGUGGAGCUAGGUCGCUGCGAGGUGCUUUUCCUUAGUGGAGGCACCGAUGGGCAGGAUGGGCCCACAGAGGCAGCAGGGGCCUGGGCCACCGCUGGACUUGUGGGCCAGGCUGCUGCAGAGGGGUUGGAUGCGGCCGCUUUCUUGGCCUGUAAUGACUCCCACACUUUCUUCCGCCGCUUCCAGAGUGGGUCCCACCUGCUCCUGACUGGCCUCACCGGGACCAACGUCAUGGACGUCCACAUGCUGUUACUUUGCCCCCGCUGACCAGGUCCAGGUCACAGAGUGGUUCCUGGGCUUCUCUCACAUCCCAGACCAGAGGUCCUCCAGGGGGCAAGCUGGCAAAGAUCUAACCGAAGCCCCUGGG